AUGUAUGGUUAUGCACAACUACCACACGAAGCUUCCGUGAAAGUAUCGCCUUUCCAUGUGGCAGUUUCCCGGGACGAGCUACAAGAUUUCCACGAUCUCAUCCGCCUCAGCAAGCUCGGGCCACGAACGUACGAGAACUCAUCAGCGAACGGAAGAUACGGUGUCACGUACGAAUGGAUGUCUGAGGCGAAAGCUUACUGGGAGAGCCGUUUCGACUGGUCCGCUGUUGAAGACCGUAUCAACGAGCACCCCAACUUCAAGGCAAACAUACUUGAUGACGAUGGAAGUGCAUAUGCGAUUCACUUCACUGGUCUUUUUUCCCAGAGGAAGGACGCAAUUCCACUAAUGUGCAUCCACGGAUGGCCUGGGAGCUUCCUCGAAUUUACUGGCAUUCUGUCCAGAUUGAAGCAGAACUACAGCCCGCAAGACCUUCCGUAUCAUAUUGUCAUCCCCUCGCUACCAGGCUAUGCUUUCUCAGACUCCCCGCCUUUGGACAAGAACUGGACAUUGCAAGACUCGGGGCGACUGCUUCACAAGCUCAUGGUUGGACUUGGUUUCGGUGACGGGUACGCGUUGCAAGGUGGCGACAUUGGGAGUUACACAGCAAGAAUUAUGGCUGCAACGUAUGACUCCUGCAAAGUGCUGCAUCUGAACUUUUGUGUUAUGACUUGCCCUGCCGAGUUGGAAAACUCAGCCUUGGAGGAAUACGAGCGUGAAGGCCUCAAACGAGCUGACAGGUUUGGGAAGCUCGGGACCGCGUAUGCCGUGGAACAUGCCACUCGAACAGCUACUAUUGGCUUUGUUUUGUCCUCAAGUCCUCUGGCAUUACUGGCUUGGUACGUCGAACUGGCACAUGCCGCCAAGGCUCUUAUUGACACGAUGGCUAGGAUUGGUGAGAAGUUCCUGGCCUGGACUGAUCAGUCACCGUCUAUGGAUGAGAUUCUGUCUUCCGUGACUCUGUACUGGCUGACGCAGACCUUUCCUCGGGCAAUUUACCCCUACCGACAGGAAAUCAUUGAUGAGCCUUUCGGACCAAUCAUCGAUGCGAAAUGUCGCAAGGCUCUGCAAGAAGGGCCUCGAAAAUACAUGGUUCAUCCCGAUCCCAAGUUCUACUGUCACCAGCCCAUGGGGUACUCGUACUUUCCGUGUGAGAUAGCGCCUGUGCCGAAGUCAUGGGCGGCAACUACAGGAAAUUUGGUUUGGUUCAACCGCCAUGACAAGGGCGGCCAUUUUGCAGCACUGGAGCAACCAGAAGCUCUACUGAGUGAUAUCGAGGAGUUCUUGAAGCAAGCCUGGCGCUGA